ACCUGUUCCUGCUACGUGAUUGGUCUCUCUCCCCUUGGCUGGGCGGUACCGGCGGGGCCACAUGGAGUCUGCUGGGUGUCUCUGUGCCCGUCAGUCUGAGCCAUCCUCCGGUGGAGACGCUCCUCACACUGGAGCAACUUGGCGCAUCAUCAACAUCAUCAGUACGAGAAAAAAAACUGACCUGAGAGAAAUAUAGUAUGAAUAUUAUGUUUUUCUAUCACUUCUACUGAUGUUGCUUCAUUUUUACCAGGAGCAGUGCUAUUCUUUUACUUGUGCGUAAAAGUAUUUUGAUUAAUUAAUAAUUAACUGGAGAGUAACAUCGGCUUCGUGCUGUUACUGAUAUUUUCCCUUUCAGCACUCACUGGACUUUCAGCUCUUCCCUUCAUUCACCAAAACGGAUUUAGCAGUUAAUUAGAGACGCACGCAAAUCACCGUGGUGUCCUGCGUCAAGGAACUUUGCUCUGUCUCGCGAAGAAAAUAUUUAUUUUAAAAUCCAGUGAAAGUGGAUCGCUGAGAGACCCGGUCCGCUCUUGUGGACACUUUGCUGUCUUCUCCAACUGCAACGGGUUUGAUGGAAACAUGACCAAAGCUGUAACCGGAGCGGUUCUUCUGCACAGCCUCCUCUACCACCUGCUCCCGCUGCUGCUGCUUCAUGCCUCACCGGUGUGUCUGUCCGCGCAGCUCGGGCAUCCAGCGCGCUACUUCGGACAAAUAGCUGAGAACUCCCCGGCUGGGACACCGGUGGACGGGGUGGUACUGCAGCUCGGAGCCAGCGGCUGCCCCGGCGCGGACCUGAAUGCCAGUCUGAUGGGGAAUUACGCGUCGGAUUUUAGGCUCGUUCGCUACCGCGGGCACCGGGAUCACCGGGGGCAUCUAGGUUUGGUCUCCGCCAAAGCUCUGGACCGGGAGUUUAUAGCCAUGUACCAGUUGACGGUGGAGCUGCCGCAGUGUUUGAGAAGACCUGCCGCCGUCCAGGUCGAAGUGUCGGACAAGAACGACAACAUCCCCCAGUUCACCAGCGGGAACCAGACGGUCGAAGUGCACGAACUGACUCCGCUCGGUACCGACCUGGUCCGCUUUGACGCGAAGGACGGCGACGCGGAGAGGAACGGACGGGUCACUUUUUACGCCUCACCGGAGUCUCACCUGCUCCACGUGGUUCCACAAACCGGGCAGGUGAGGCUGGUCGGGUCCCUCCUUGGUGUCAGCCAGGUGACUCUGCGCAUUUACGUGAAUGACGGCGGAGAUGUGUCGCUGACAGGUGAGCCGGUUUUCCUGCGCAUCAACGUCCGCCGCUCCAGCAGAGCGCGGCGGAGGCCCCGGGCUCUGUCCGAAGAGCUGACCUACACCGUGACCGUCCCGGACCACGUCAGAGUCGGGGACCUAGUGUUUACGGUGCCGGACCAGAGGUUCGAGCAGCGGAGGUUCGAGGUGAUCUCCGAGGCCGACUCGCCGGUCCAGAUCGAGCGGGACUCGGGGCGCCUGUACCUGGCGCGCAGCCUGGGAGAGCCCGCCGAGGUGGUGGUGAAGAUCCAGAACCUCCGAGGUGAUGAGUGGUACCUGUGCAGGUUGACUCUGAGCAUGCCCAGCCAGGCUGACCUGCAGUGGGCAAUGUUCCCAUCGCCUUACCUGGGCGCUGUGGGUCCUGACGCCACGCCCAGCUCUGUAGUGUACCGACUGUCCGCACGGCAGCGAGAUGGGACGCUUGGACAAGCCCAGUUCUUCCUACUGGACGGUGGGGAGGAGUGCUUCGAGGUGGAUCGUCGCUCUGGUGAGGUCAGGACCACAGGAAGACCUCUGACCCCCAGUAGGGAGUACCUUCUGCGGGUGCAGGCCACGGACAGGCAUGGCCGCAAAGGUCCGCUGGCUACAGUGGCCAUCUUGGCUGGCUACCGACCGCCGCAGUUUACCAACUCCACCUACAUCCUGAACGUGCAGGAGAACACACCUGUCGGCCAACCCGUCGCAGUGGUUCAGGCCGUCUCCUUCCAGAAGAAGAGUCUGUCCUACAUGCUCCUGGUGAAUCCUGGGAAUCUGUUCAGCAUCAACCAGGAGAGUGGAGGGCUCAGCCUCACCAGGACUGUGGACUAUGAGAGUGGACAUAACCUCCACAGCCUGCAGGUCCGCGCCUCCGAACCCGACACAGGCCUCAGCGGCGUGGCAGAGGUUGUCGUCCAAAUAACAGACGAGAACGAUUGCACACCCGAGUUCCUCCACUCCAUCUACACCAGAGACAACGUACCUGAGAGCAUCGCACCUGGAACCUCCCUGCUGCAAGUUCUGGCCCGGGAUUGUGACUCCGGUGUGAACUCAGAGCUGUCUUACUUCGUUCACGGUGGCGACUUUGACAUCACAUCAGGGGGUGUGGUAAGCCCCGCCCGUCGCCUUGACUAUGAGCGACCCAAUCACAUCUAUGAGUUUGUGGUGGUCGCCGUGGAUGCAGGGACUCCCCCCCGCACGGGCACCGCCUCUGUCCGCAUUCGAGUCGCCAAUAGCAACGACGAGGCGCCCGUCUUCUCCCAGAACACUUAUAAGACCUUCCUAAGUGAGGAUGCUGGUCCAGACACGCUGGUCGCCAUCGUUCACGCCAACGAUCCGGACGGAGAUGCCGUCUCUUACGCUAUCACUGGCGGCAAUGAGGACAGCAACUUCCUGCUGGACAACCAGAAGGGCAUCAUCAAGCUGCGGCGGAGUCCGCCUCCCAGGCUCAGGGGACCGCAGUACGUUCUCAACAUCACCGCCACGGAUGACAACGCGUCUGGUGGACCUUACCCGCUGAGCAGCUCUGCCCAGGUCAUCGUAGGAAUCAACGACAUCAACAACAACAAACCGGUCUUCCAGGAGUGUCAGAACUACAGUCUGAACGCAGUGGUCCUGGAGAACCAGCCGCCAGGGACGUUUGUCCUGCGCGUCCAGGCCCACGACGCUGACAUUGGGGUCAACGGAGAAGUCAAAUAUGGCAUCAUGCAGAGAGACGGAGUGUCGUCCGGGUUUGACAUCAAUCCUGACACCGGUGUGAUCGCCACGGCGGUGAGUUUUGACCGGGAGCGUCAGCGCGAGUUCACGCUGUCGGUGACGGCCACAGAUCAGGCUGAGGAGCCGCUCAUCGGGAUCUGUCAGAUCACCGUCCUCAUCGCCGACCAGAACGACAAUGACCCCAAGUUUGAAAACAGCCGCUACCAGUACUUCCUGCGGGAGGACACCCCGGUAGGAACUAGUUUCCUGCGAGCAGCAGCACAUGAUGACGACCAGGGGAGCAACUCGGCCAUCACCUACUCCCUGUCCAAUCAGAAGCCAGCGUACCUGCACAUCAACCCCACUACUGGCUGGAUUUACGUCAACCACCCCAUCUCACAGACGUCCAAGAUCAACCAGCAGAUUGUGGCGUCAGAUGGAGGGAACCGCAGCAGCUCUGUGGAGCUAACUGUCAUAAUAACAAACGUCCACAACCAGCCGCCGCACUGGGAGCAGCCCGAGUAUUGGGUCACCGUGCCAGAAAACACCGUACGGGACGCCAAGAUAGUGACCAUCAAGGCGACGUCCCCUCUCGGUGACCCCCGGGUGACCUACAACCUGGAGGAGGGUCAGGUCCCGGAGACCAACAUGCCGGUGAGGUUCUACGUCAAGCCGAACCGGGCGGACAGCUCGGCGUCCAUCCUGGUGGCCGAGAACCUCGACUACGAGACAACGCGCUUCUUCACUCUCAGAGUGCGAGUCCAGAACGUCGCAGCCGUGCCGCUCGCAUCGUUCACCACCGUCUACGUCAAUGUGACAGACGUGAACGACAAUGUUCCUUUCUUCCUGUCGUCCACCUACGAGGCCACGGUUCCUGAAGGAGCAGAGAUCGGAACGUCUGUGGCUCAGGUGUCGGCUACAGACCUGGACUCUGGUCUGCAUGGGAUGGUCCACUAUGUGAUCCUAAAGGAUGAGAGCGGGGACUCUCAGUUCUUCAGCAUCGACUCACGCAGCGGCGUCAUCGUCACGCGAGCCUCCUUCGACCGCGAGCAGAAAGCCUCCUACCUGAUCGAGGUCCAGUCGCAGGACAGCUCUGAGUCGUCCAGACCAGGCCAGCAGGGACAACCUAACACCGACACAGCCUACGUCAGGAUCUUCAUCACCGACGUCAACGACAACGCCCCGGCGUUCGCCCAGCCGGUGUACGAGGUCAGCGUGGAGGAAGACAAGGAGGUUGGCUUCGUCCUCAUCACCGUCACCGCCAACGACGAGGACGAAGGUGCCAACGCCAAGCUGCGCUACCAGAUCACCUCGGGAAACAUCAUGGGCACCUUCGACGUGGAGCCCGAGGUGGGCACCAUAUUUGUGGCUCAGCCUCUGGACUACGAGAUGGAGCAGCGCUACGAGCUCCGGUUGGUCGCCUCCGACGGGAAGUGGGAGAACGAGACGCUGGUGGUGGUUCAGGUGGCCAAUCGCAACGAUGAGGCGCCCGUCUUUAGCCAGACUGAGUACCACGCCGCCGUGACCGAAGAGCUCACCCAGCUGCCUGUUUUCAUCCUGGAGGUGUCAGCCACAGAUCCAGACCAGGAGGCCGACCAGACUGCCCUCCGCUACUCCCUCCAUGGCCAGGGUGCUGGUGGUGAGUUCACCAUUGAGGAACGCACUGGAAGAAUCCACGCCCAACGGCGCCUGGACCGCGAGGAGCGCCCAGCCUGGAGAUUCCUCGUCCUCGCCACAGACGAGGGAGGGGCCGGACUCACAGGGUUUGCUGAUGUCCUGUUAGAGGUCCAAGAUAUUAAUGACAACGCACCCUUCUUCCCGUGUCCGGCACUGGAAGUAGACGGAUGUUUUGUCGGCCAAGUGCCUGAAAAUUCGCCCGCCGACACCUCCGUCAUGGAGAUGCGCGCCAUGGACCUGGACGACCCCAACGAGGGCAAGAACGCCAUGCUGACCUACAGCAUCAUCAAGAAUGUCCGCAAUGAAAUUAACCUCAACCUGUUCUCCAUCAACGCUAGCACAGGCACCAUAUACACAGUUCUACGUUCCCUGGACCGGGAGGUGGAGGACCGGUAUCUGGUGGUGGUGGAGGCCAGAGAUGGAGGGGGUUUGGCGGGAACAGGGACAGCUACCAUCAUGGUUUCGGAUGUCAACGAUCACCCACCUGUCUUCACUCAAAGGCUCUACACCACUCAGGUGAGAGAAGACCUGGAGGUGAACAGCGACGUUCUUGUAGUUUCUGCUACAGACGGCGAUCAGGGUGAGAAUGCCGUGGUAACCUUCAGCAUCGUUGGUGGAGACGAAGACAGGAAGUUUUUCGUGGAGACAGACAAAGUGAACCGACGCGGUGUGAUAAAACUGAAGAAGAUGGUUGACUUUGAGAAGCCCCACGAGAGGACUUUCAAUCUGACCCUGAAGGCCGAAGACGCUGAUUUCUUCAGCCUGGCCUACUGUCUCGUUCAGGUAGAAGACUCCAAUGACCAUGCGCCCAUAUUUUUCCCACAAUUCUAUGAGUCACAAGCCAUGUCUGAAGAUGUACCUGUAGGGACAAUUGUUGCUCAGGUUACAGCUUCUGAUCUGGACUCGGGCCAAAAUGGACACUUUUCUUACAGUAUUUCAAAAGAGUCAGACCCCUACAGUCAGUUCCUGGUGGACCAGUCUGGUUGGGUGGUGGUGGCCGAUUCUCUGGACAGGGAGAAAAUCUCGCAGCACAGGAUCAUGGUCCUCGCCACCGACGCUGGGAGUCCACCCCUGACUGGCACUGCCAUCGUCAUGGUAACUGUACUUGACAUUAAUGACAAUGGACCCGAGUUUGAGGUCCCCUAUAAGCCUGUCGUUUGGGAGAACACGGCGGCACCCCAGGCAGUUCAGAUGAACGAAACCUCCCUCCUCCUCCACGCCACCGACCGGGACACCUCCACCAACGGCGGCCCUUUCUCCAUACGGCUUCUCAUGCUCACCUCGGAUGCAACCAACUUCAAUUUGACUGACUUUCGAAACGGCAGUGCAGCCAUCACUGCCCUCCGGACCUUCGACCGCGAGCGGCAGAAGGAAUACCACCUCCCGAUCCUCAUGAUUGACAGUGGCUCACCUCCAAUGAGCUCCACCAGCACGCUGACGGUCAUCAUUGGCGACAGGAAUGACCACCCACACUCACCAGGACACGCCAACUUCAUCGUCUACAGUUAUGAGGGUAUUCUCCCGACGACAGUCCUUGGACAAGUUCAAUCUCCCGACCUUGAUGACUGGAGUGAGAAGGUGUACCGGUUCGAAGGCAAACCAUCCAGGCUCUUCAGUCUGAACCAGAGCUCAGGUCAGCUCACUAUCAGGGAGGGGACUCCUUCAGGCUCGUACCUCCUGCAAGUACGCGUGUCGGACCACACCUGGCCUGACGUUAUCUCCACAGCUCAGGUGGACGUCAGGGAGCUGCAUCAAGACGGUCUGCAGAACGCCGCCUCCAUUCGUGUGACCAAUCUGACAGUGGAGGAGUUUUUUAGCGGAGGUGAGGAGAGUCGGUUCUCUCGUCUGGGUCGAAUGUUGGCUGAACUCCUGCACACUUUGCCGGAAAAUGUCCAGAUCUUCUCUGUGGGCGACGCCGGCCAGCAGGGAGAGAAGGCCAUCAAUGUAUGGUUUGCCGCUCACGGCUCACCGUACUACAAGGCAGAGAAGCUGCACGGCUACGUGGCAGCAUACAAAGCCAGGUUGGAGGGCCUGUUGGGCGUGUCCAUCUCUCAGGUGAGCGUUGAUGACUGUCCCUCCACAGACUGCAGUCAGUCUGGAGGCUGCAGCACUGAGGUUUCAUUCAGCCAGGCCCCAGUGGCUCUCAGCACUGGUAACACCUCCCUGGUGUCGCUGUCCGCCUCAUCUAGAGUGCGAUGCGGCUGCCGGGGCAGAGAGGCAAUCCACCUGCCCUGCUCAGCCUACCCCACCAACCCCUGCCUCAAUGGUGGCACCUGCCAGGACGGUCCGCUGGGAUACAGGUGUAAGUGUCCUCCCAUGUUUGAUGGGCCUGAGUGCCAGCAGACCAAACACAGCUUCGGUGGCCAGGGCUACGCCUGGUUCCCUCCCAUCAUGCCUUGCUUUCAGAGCCACAUCUCCCUGGAGUUCCUGGCUGAGUCGGCAAAUGGGCUGCUCCUCUACAACGGUCCGCUCGGCCCUGCCCACUCUGGGGAGGAGGAGGACUUCAUUGCCGUCGAGUUGAGAAACGGGGUUCCAGCUCUGAGUAUAAACCACGGAUCAGGAACGCUGACCCUGCAGCUCCCGCCUACAUCCACUGUCUCCGACCAACGCUGGCAUCGUCUCGACAUCAUCAGCGACGGAAAGGCUGUGCAGCUGAUCCUGGACCAGUGUGGGGGGGUGGCAGUAAAUGAGUUGGAAGGCGUCGGGGGGGAUAUCCAGGAGAUGGACGAGUCUGGCUGCAGAGCUGCAGGAGAGACUCCAGGAAACCAGAGGUAUCUGAAUGUCUUCCAGCCUCUUCAGAUGGGAGGAGUGAAGGAAACAUCUCCUCAUCGACGUUACCGCAGUUUCACCGGCUGCAUCCGCAACCUGGUGGUGGACAGUCAGGUGUACGACCUGGCGUCUCCAGGUGAGAGCGUGGACAGCACCCCUGGGUGCAGGCUGACAGACGGGGUGUGUGUGACAGCGGCCGGCCCCUCCUGCGGCAUUCAGGCCUCCUGUCUCGCUGACUGGGGCUCCUUCAGCUGCCAGUGCCACCCAGGAUACACCGGACACAAGUGUGACACUGCCGUCCCAGAGUUCUCCUUUGAUUCGGGCAGCGUUGUGCGUUAUCAGCUCAGAGGAGGCGGGAGCUCUCGCCGCACAAACAUCCAGCUGCUCCUCCGAACCAGGGCCACCUCGGGCACCCUGCUCUCCGUGACGUCCCGGGAGGCCAACGAGUACAUCGUCCUGGAGAUCAUGGAGGGUCACCUCUCUGUUCGUGCCAACCUUGGUGAUGGUGCCCAUGCCCUGCAGCUCCCCGGCCAGCGUGUGGACAUCGGGCAGUGGGUUCUGGUCAGUCUCAGUCGCCAUGAUAACCUGUUCACCCUGCGGUUGGAGCAGGGCGGGGGCUCGCGGGAGGUCCAGGCCCAGCUGGGGAGCAGCAGGGAGAUCGUGGUUCACCCGGCCAGCGUGAUGGUCGGGAACAGCCAGAACGCCGGAGACAAGGACGACUUUCAGGGCUGCCUGCGGGACGUUCGUUUUAACGGUCAGGUCCUGCCUCUGGACGGGCAGAGCCGGGACUUGGUGACGGUGCUGGAGAGCCGGAGCGUCACCUCGGGGUGCUCCAGCGAUGCCUGCAGCGGCCAACCCUGCCACAGCCCGCUGCGCUGCAUCGACCUGUGGAGGAAACACCAGUGCAGGUGUCCCGGCGGUCAGGUGACUGUGACCGAAGACUCAGGUCAGCAGCGUUGUGUGCCGUCGCCCUGUGGACCUUCUUCCUGCCAAAACGGUGGCCUCUGCCAGGCGCUGUCGCCCGACAGCUACCGGUGCCGGUGCCAGGAGGGGUUCAGGGGUCAGCGCUGUGAGCUGGGGCAGGUCAGAGGUCACCGGCUGGCCCCCCUCAGCCCCAGCUCCAUCCUGGCAAUCAGCAUGUGUCUGCUCGUCUUCUUCGCGGUGCUGGUGGCGGUAACAGUGUGGAACCAGAAAGGCAGCCGUAACAAGUUCAGGAAGCGAGGAGUUUACCAUAUCCCCGCUGAACAAGAGAGCUGGGAGGACAUCCGAGAAAACAUCCUCAACUACAACGAGGAAGGAGGCGGCGAGCAAGACCAGAACGGCUACGACAUCACAGAGUUGAAGCGUCCGCUGUGCUCCAGUUUGUCCCAGUCCUCGUCCUGCACCACCGCCCCGCUCAUCAAGUCCUCACCCGGCUCCCAGGAGGAAGUCCACCCGUCGGGCUCCUCCUGCAGCUCAGGCGCUCCCUACCUCAGCAUCCCGCAUCACCACCAUCACCACCAUCAUCAUCAUCAACACGCCACCAACAACAACUACACCAGCGACGCGACCUACGCUAACUACACCACUCAUGUAGGCCGGGAUAUGGAGGCGAGCAGCGGAGGUGGCUAUGUGGACGCCCCUUCAGGGUCUCGCUCCCACGUGGACUUUAAAAGCUACGUGGCACGAAUCAUCUGGGAGGCGGACAACGACAGCGAGGCGUUCGCGCCUGACGCGUACCACGUGUGGUGCGUGGAAGGCUCGGGGUCGUCAGCAGGGAGCCUCAGCUCGCUGGGGUCUGCAGCGUCACGUAGAAACGUUGGCAUCACCCAUGGCGACAAGGCGGAGGAGGAGGAGGACGAAGACGAUGAAGGAGGGUUUGUUUACGACAGGCUGUCGCGGUGGGGCCCCAAGUUCCAGGCACUGAGCGAGAUGUACGACCGGCCCCAGCUGACCCUCACGUACAGGGACGCAGUGGCCUACAUACAGAGGAGCCACAGCCACGACCCGCUGCCUCAUCACCACUAGGGGCGCUGCACAACAACAACCGCCUAAACAUACAGUUAAUACAGAUCAGGGGGGACAGGGACUCUGUGCUGCGUUCAAGUCCAACCUGAAAACAACCAAAAACUAAAUCAAAACAGGAUGAUAAGUCAGUAAUUCUAAAAUCAAUAUGAUAAUAAUUAUUAUUGGCCACAUACUAUCUUAAACAUACAGUACAACACAUGCAGAGUUUGUUCCCUCAUUUAACCCAACAAAAAAAACAGUCUUGAUGCAAGCAAGGCUAUUUUGUUUGAAUCUUUUGUUUAAUUUCAUUGGUCCGUGCUGUUGAUAAUUGAUGAAAAUGGGGUGCUUGAACUUUUUUCCGCUACGUAACGUGAUGCGUGACAGAAAAAGUUUGAGAACCAUUGAUUAGACCCAUCCUAAUUAAUUAAAACUGCCCGGGGAGCAGUUAGGGGUUCAGGGCCUUGCUCAGAGAUGACCCAAGCCAAACCACCACUCAGUAUAUUAAUCCUAUAAUGACAUAUAUGUCACAAUUUUCAUACUCAAGAAAAAGUGUUAAGCAUUUUAUGACCCAACGUCCAGAUGAAAACUUCAAAAUCUCAUGUUUGUUUUUUAAUUUAAUCAAUAAUUGGAUGGUAGACUUUUAUAAAAUGAAAGUUCCCCAACAACAAAUCAGUCAUCUACCACAAACAUACACCCCCUGGACCACAGUUUGAAUAUGACUUUUUAAAUGCUGUAUAUAUCCACAGUUUGUGGCAUUUGCAAAGGUCAUUCCCUAAAACUUUCUGUCCACAUCGCUCCAAAGAAAAACACACUUUCUGUUUUUUCGGCUGAUUAAACCUCAGAGAAAAGUUCAUGUGAGGGAUGGGUUCAAAGAAGCAAGAUAAACUCAGUACAUUCGUUAUGGAAAAGGAGGCAGUAAGGGGUGAAAACACAAGUAAACGUUUGGGGUUUCUUGAUCACAGUAACCAGUAGAUUUUUUAAAGAAGCAAAAUAAAAGUUUUAAUUACACAUUUUGUAAAUAUUAAGGAAUAAAAGUCUUAAACUCCCUGAGAGAUUUUGAGUGUGAACUGCAUUCAUCUGAAGUUUUGUAGUCCCGCCCACACAGCCCUGGAGACUGAUCAGCCACAACAACUGAAAACACCUGUGUGGGUGCACAUAUAGGGCCUUAAAAUCUGAUUGGCUGCACCAGGCACCCCGCCUCAAAAUUCCCAAUCAUGAUUGGCUGUUUGCCCUGAUAGAGGCAAGCCCAAUAGUUCAGUCUGUAAUCCUGAAUUCAUUCAGUCAUGAGGAGCAAACAGGAGACAAGCAGGAAAGCUGAUGUGAGUAAAACAAAUUCACACUGUGGCUAAUCUCACUGACGGUAAUGACACGUGUUUAAAUUUAGCAAUAUUCAGAAUCUACCGAUGGCAGUAUAAACUGGAGAAAAAUGCAGAUAAAACCUUUCUCAGUGAUCAAACAGAAACAAACUGGUUAUUUAAAAUGCAUUUCACCCUUUUUGGAUGUGAACUACUUUGCUUCCUGUCUUCACUGGUGUGAACGCACCAGUUAAACAAAGUCCAGUAAAUCUGAUGGGACUUGAACGCAGCAGCAGCAGCAGCAGCAGCAGCAGCAGCAGCUCUGUUCCCUUGUGCAGAUCGAUGGCGACACUUUUCAGGGCUUGAGGUUGACGAUGUGAUCCUCAUGUUUCCUCAUGUAGAAAACCAGAUGAAUUACGAGAAGGGCUCGCGUUGUGGUUCAGUGAUUUGAGAUAAGAAAAGCACAGAGGACUUUUUCAUAGACCAGCUUUACACAGGAACGUGUUUAUUUAGGCUUUUUUAAAGCAGGUCAAUGUGCUGGAUUUUAUUCCAUCGGGCAGUUUGUGGAUCGCUGCAUUUUAUUCUUAAAAAGCUGUUAUGUUUUCUGGAGGAACAUUAACAUCAAACUAUGUCAGAAAUCUUGUGGUUAACUGUAAGAAUUCCUUUUCAACGACAUUAAGGUCUUGAUGUGAGUCUUACAGAGAGAAUUCAAAGUUCUUCUUUAAUUAAGGGCAUUUUAAGCUUUUUAUUUCUGACCCUACCAUCCAAGCGUGAAACCUACAAACAGAAAGUCAGUUUCAUAAAGAAAGUCUCCCAAGGACAAGUUUUUCUUUCACCAUCUUAUUUCUCUUCGCUGCUGUCGGCACGUCCCCAGAUUAACCUCCGACAAACUCAAUAACCAGCUUUUUAAUUCCUCUUUUCUACCUUCCUGUUGCACUAGCGGAUGACUCAGAGUCCUCAGACAGGGCCGAGGAAUCUGAAUGCCAGUAAAAAGACUUGUAAAAUAAGCUUUGAUAGUUUUCAGAUGAGAGAUUAUUUUUAUAUUCCCCUGUGCAGAAACGUCCCAGAAGCUGCUCUCCGCUUGCAGCUGGUCGUGCUCCGUGUUAAGGUGCUUUGAGUUGCUCAGCUUGUUGUUAUGACUCUGUGCUCAGACUGCUGCAGUGUUCGGGCCGACAGGAUUCUCCUAGUCGGUCUGCAAAGGCUGUAAACGUUUGUUGGGUGACGUCUUGGUCACGCAGAAGGUUGGAGGCCAGAGACACGGCAGUUAAAUCCCACAGGGACAUUCGAUCAUUGAGGUGAACUGGAAGGUUCAGCUGCAAAGGCCUAAAUGUGUGAAGAGAUUUAUUGAAAAAGUGUUGCGCAAAACAUACUCAAAUUUUUAAUCAUCUGCGAGUUCAGAUUUGAGAGUCAGAAACCAGCAGGACUCAGUUUGAGUGAGUAGAAGUGGUAUUCACAUUAUUCAGGCUCUUUAUGCUGCUUUGCACAGAACACAUGGGAGAGUUUCUAACUAUCUGCACGUUUUAUAGCCAGCCACGAUCUUGUGUUUACAUUUGCAAACACUCCUUAUUAAUUAGAUGCACUCAGGAAGGUAUGAAGGAAAAAUCCGAAUCCGAGUUUUUUGCCAAAAAAAUGACAUAAAUAAAUGUGAAAAUAUAUAAAUAUGAAAUAAACAGAUGUGCAAGUUAUAAAAGAAUAAUAAAAAACAGUAGGAUUUGUAUUUCUACAAAUAUAAAAUUGACAAAAAAUAAAAAUAUAAAAGGAGAAUUAGAAAUAUAUAUAUAAGCAAUAUGGCAGUUUGUGCUGUGAUAUGCAAAAGUAGUUUUUCUAUCAUAAUGUGAAUAAAACGUACAGCGAGUUUGUGCUUACAACAUCCACUGUGCUGGCUUCAUGUGCUCCAACAGCAAAAUAGACACCAUCAAGAGGUCACCAUCUUGAUUUCUUGUGCAUGUAUGCAAGCCACAUGCGUGUUUCUUCUCACCGUCACAGUUUAAAUGUGAGGGAUACAAGCAGAACAAGCAACCUGAGCGAAGAAGACGUAUUCAAAUUUAGGGACACAGCUUGUCCUGCAGCUUUCAAAACCGUGAUCAGGGUUUUGAUUCUGUGUCGCUGUCGUGCGCUCAGAUCUGAACUUGCAGGUUGACUUCCACUCUAACGUUGUUUACUUAGUUUGUCUUUUCAUCGCUCAACUUCCUUAAAUGCUCAAGCGGCAAACCCUUUGUUUAGCCUGCGUUAAAGUGUCCAGCUUGAUUCAGUGAGUGGUGGUGAGAGGAUGUUUCUCAGAACGUCUCCCUGAAGUUGAGAUGAGGACCAAAAAAGGCGAGUUUAGUUCCUCACAGGUAGACCACGCACAUUUUCUCCUUCGUCCACUUUCCAACCAUCCAAAUGUGAUUCUUAAAUUUAAAGGUAUUGAUAAACAGCAGUUUUAUUAACCACCUUGGUGUCCAAUGUUUUUUCCCAGCCUGCCUCUCGGGCUACUUUGUUGUCAUGACGCUACCUGAUGAAUGUAGUUUUAUACGUAAUGAGGAAACAUCCCCCAUCAAGGUUUUUAGGAAAGUCGUGGAGUGAAGACUACAAUCAUUAUUUGCUAAAAGUGAGUUACUCCUCAGCCGACAAAAUGGCAACACAGAUCCAACUUUGAAAGGUUUUUCUUUGCACUUAACGUCAGAAAACAUCUGUAGAAAGAGAAUUAAAAUAAUAAAGUCUGGGUAUUUGCCACAGGAUUGCGAUUGUAGCUCGGACAGAGAAGUUUCCAGGAUAUAUUCUCCAGGUUUGUCUCUACGCAGUCAAGUUAGUGGAACAGUUUUCAUUUCUCUUCUGGUACCUGAUUUUAAAAAUCAGGUUUUAGAAUUGUACUCAAAGCUAUGCAUCCAAAUGAAAUAACACAGGUGUCCUUUCUAAGAAGCUGGUGUGCAGCUCCAAAUGUGGUGUCCUGAGUUUUGACCUGUACUGUGCGACGCACCUGUUGAUGUUUUGUGUAAAUUCAGUGUUUUUAAAGUGGUUUAAUAUGCGUGCAAGUGUGUGUGUGUUGAGUUCACGCACACUUAUUAGACUGGGAGUGUAAAGUGUAAUUUUGCACUGAGAGGUGUUGAUCUGUAUGAUAAUGAUGUACAUAUGGACGCUUUUAUAGCAACUUAACAUGAGAUAUUCCUUUUUGUAUAUGACUUUUAAUAAAAAUGGCUUUUCCCCAAA